AUGGGCAAGAAGGGCAAGAAGGACAAGGGCGAUAAGGCAGAUGCAGCUCCUCCUCCCGCUGUAAAGACUGGUGUAGAGAAGUUGUCAGAAGCGCAACGAGACGCCAUCAUGGCCAGAAUCACGAAAGCAUUCAAGACAUUCGAUUCCCAAAACAACAACACUUGCGACGAGAACGAAAUACCGAGUAUACUUCGAAGUCUAGGACUAUGUCCUUCCCAAGCCGAGCUGGCUUUAUUAAUCAAGGAUAUGGUAUCAGAUGAACCCACAGCUUUCGUGACUUUUGACAAGUUUUCAACUGUGGCUCUCAAAAUCUUGGCUGAACCGCCACCGCGAGACGAUGAAGAAACCUUGUACCGAGCCUUUGUCACCUUGGAUGAGCACAAACGGGGGUAUCUAACACCCGACGAGUUACGUAUUCACUUGUGUGGUAAAGGCGAGGUCUUCGUUGAUGAGGAAAUGGACGAGAUGCUGGCCAGUUGCGUGGACGCAGACGGCAAGAUCUAUUACGAAGACUUUGUGAGAUUACUUGCGGCAGCAUCAUAA